UUGCCACCUCUGCUUCUUCUUCUCUCUCUGCCUCCUCUUCUUCAUCCCUCCGACACACUCAGACGGGUCUGACUCUUGGGCUUCAUCACCUUCAUCAUCAUCCUCGGAGGAAGACGACAGGGAGCUCCCUGACCCCUCGCCCCACAGGGUCACCAUGGCAACGGUCAUCUGCACUCGUUUUACUGAAGAGUAUCAGCUGUAUGAGGAGCUGGGCAAGGGAGCGUUCUCAGUUGUGCGGCGCUGCGUGAAGGUCCUGUCGGGUCAGGAGUACGCCGCCAAGAUCAUCAACACCAAGAAGCUGUCUGCCAGAGAUCAUCAGAAGUUGGACCGUGAAGCUCGAAUCUGUCGACUACUGAAACACCCCAACAUCGUUCGACUGCAUGACAGCAUCUCGGAGGAGGGGCAUCAUUACCUCAUCUUUGACCUGUGAGUGUCUCGUCAUGCUGUUU